AUGUCUAUGAUUUAUUCCACAGAUACCGAUAACUCUAUAUCUGCGCCACUACCUACACAUUUCUCUCCUAGUCUUCACUACUCCAACAAUAAUCAUAGCAAUGGUAGUUUCAACAUUGAGAGUAGCAACAGCAGCCAAGUUGAACUCGCACCUGCAUUCACAGUUCCCGAUAAUUUUCAAUUACAAGAAAAGCCUGCUGCUGUCGCAACAACACCGAAAUCAAACUCAUGGUUCUAUACCAAUGCAUUUCGCCCAAAUAACAAGGCCAUUCGUCGAGUGGCUUCAGCACCCAAUGCUAAUAAUCUUCAACCCACUCGGUCCUAUACUUCAUCUGCUUUGCAGCACCAGAGCAUUGCCCAACAAGGCCAAUUUGAAAAAAUGAAAUUGUGCAGAAGAACCUAUUCCAGUAGCAGUAUCAAAGUAAAGAAUGUGGAGGUUGGCCCAUCUAGCUUUGUCAAAGUCCGUAUGCUGGGUAAAGGCGAUGUCGGAAAAGUCUACAUGGUUCGACAAAAGGGAACCGAUAAACUGUUUGCCAUGAAAGUUCUAUCCAAGAAAGAAAUGAUCAAACGGAACAAGAUUAAACGCGCCUUGGCUGAGCAAGAAAUCUUAAUGACAUCUAAUCAUCCAUUUAUUGUUACAUUAUACCAUUGCUUUCAAAGUCAAGAGUAUCUUUAUUUUGUUAUGGAAUACUGCAUGGGCGGUGAAUUCUUCAGAGCGUUGCAAUUGAGGCCAGGAAAAUGUUUAAACGAAGAUGGAGCUCGAUUUUAUGCUGCGGAAGUUACAGCAGCGCUUGAAUACCUUCAUCUGCAAGGGCACAUCUAUCGCGAUCUUAAGCCAGAGAAUAUCUUAUUACAUCAAAGCGGACAUAUAAUGCUAACCGACUUUGAUCUAAGUAAAGGCUCUAGCCCACCAGGUAGACCAGGUGUAGUUAAAUCGAAAUCACCCAACCAGCCUCCUUCAAUUGAUACGAAAAGCUGUGUCGAAGGUCUCCGAACGAACAGUUUUGUCGGAACAGAGGAAUACAUUGCACCAGAAGUAAUUAAGGGAUGUGGUCAUACAAGCGCAGUUGAUUGGUGGACACUGGGCAUUCUUAUUUAUGAGAUGCUGUAUGGAACUACACCCUUCAAAGGAAACGGUAGAAAUGAGACAUUUGCGAAAAUCUUACACACCGAGCCUCAAUUUCCCCAUCAACCUGCGCCUUACAAUGCCAAUAUUUCGAGUAACUGCAAGAAUCUGAUACGCAAGCUAUUACAAAAAGAUGAACAUACUCGACUUGGAUCCCGUGCAGGCGCGGCCGACAUUAAACAGCAUCUGUUCUUUAAAAACACCAACUUUGCACUACUAAGAAACAAGACACCACCCAUUUUACCUGCUAUAUCGAAGCCUAAUGGCAUUGAUGCCAUUAAUUUUAGAAAGAUUCAAGAAAGCAUGAGUCUGGACCUGGAAGCAGAUGGUCUUAGGGUUAUGAAAAAGAUUGAAAAAUCAAAUCCAUUCGAAAAAUUUGAUUCCCUUACUUUGUAUCACAAUGGCGAUUCUGAUUCAGAGCAAAAUUAA